CAUUAGAUCUUAAAGAACAAUAAUGACCAUUCAAUUGAAAUAUAUGAACAAUUCGAUCAAUACCAACGAAGUGCAUGAAAUAUAAACUAAAUUAAAAUGCCUCAGUAAACCCAAUAACUUUUUAUUAAUAUGGUAACUGGCAACUCACUGUUAAAGAACCUUAUCUUAUUUCCGGAUCUGAUAAUAGAAAACAAAAAGGGAAAUAUCUUGUGAGAUUUUUUUUUUUUUUUUUUGAUAUGACAUUUUAUAUAAAAAAAAUUAAAAAUAGAGUUUUGUUUAAUAUACAGAAGAAAUAUGCCAAUAUGAAUUAAUAAAGUAAAGAUUUGAAGUGAAAUAUAUAUUUGUCAUCACCCGUAUUUAGACGUAUUGUCGGAUCCCUUUGUUUACAUUUUGAAAUGGAAAUGACACGUUAAGACUUGUUUUUGUGCAUAAUAUUUUGAAUUUGAUUUUUGAUUUUGAUUUUGUCUUUUGGAAAAUAUUGACUUAGAGUGGUGAUAAGACUUUGACAAUACAUUUCUUCGUAUUCCUAAAGCAUAUAGGACCGUAAAGAAGGCGAAGGAGAAACGUUUUAUCCUGAGAAAACAGCAACAGGAAGUGCCUGCUUGCUGACACCCUGCUGGCAACUAUUAUGAGCAACAAUCCCAAUAGCAAUCAGAAGUCACAAGCCUUGGCACCCGGCAGUAUUCUAACCGUCAACACAACUCGCACUCGGGGGACCAAGUUUUUGCUGAACCAGAUGCUCCUUGAAAAGCAACAGAAGGAGCAGCACAAUAGCCAGGCCACGCCCCCAGGCACGAGGAUAUCAACCCCAGUCUACGCUUGCAGUCCAGUAACGCGGUUCAUCAAAAUUGUGCCACCUGUCAAUCCCCCAGAGAAUUGUAACAUUGUCUUACCCAAGAAGAAGAAGAGGAAGAAAGCCAUCACACUCACUCAACACCUCGUGGAGAUUGAUCCAGUGCAGAACAGGGAAGACCCGGAGAAGGAUCCCGUGCAUAGCAAAGAACCACUGGUGGAGGAGGUCGUAGAAAAGGAGAAUUCAGAAGAGCUCAACAAUUCCCUUUUGUUACCAUUUGGCCGGAGAAAAAAGAGGAAGAGGAAACGCAAGAAGAAAGAUUGCGCCCUGGAGUCACCCACAGGGGAUGAAGCCAAUGAAGUCAACAUGGAUGAAUCUAGAGAUAUUAUAGCAGUAGACAUGGAGGUAGAAGAAGGAGAGGAUGCUCCUGAGGAGCACACAGAGAACAUAAGAGUGCCCCUACACUAUGAAUCCAAAGACACAAAAGGGAAAAACAAAAGUACAAAAAAUAUUCUCCAAAGGCAAAUCCCUCAUAACAUACCUACUAAUAAAUCACAUUCCUCCCAUAGUCCUAAGAAUAUUACACCUAGUCUCCCACAGCCUUCCACAACUAAGGCUGUGCCUCUCACUCAGGUUGACUCUAGUUUGAGCUCCCAGAAUUCCUCCGAAAUACAAUCCACCUCAUCCCCGAGCAGCAUAGUCUUGUCUUCGGACACCCCACCCCCUGAGGUCACAAAAGGAAGCAGCAGUACCUCAGAGUUAUCCACCGGUACUCAAACACAAGCCAUUUUCCAGAACAAAGAAUAUCAAGGGCAUGGCUCAGCGCGGAAGAGAGAUACUGAUGUUCCCUCACUUCCAAGUCCUGAGGUCUUGGUGUAUUGUUCUGGUAGUGAGUCAGAUAACCCUGAACACGGGUCAUCAGUAAAAACCUCUAAACAUAUUCCAGAAAGAAAAAGAACUGUCACAAGAAAGGAGAGCAAGAAAUCUCAGUCACCUAAAAGAAGAAAAGAAGCUACAAAUGAUGCAGCGCAGAAUGUGAUAACUGUAAAUAUAGACGAGUCCUCACCUGAGGAACAGCAUCAAAAAGAUUUAGCAUCACUGAAUACUAAGUCAGUAGUACCUGUAGACAAAAAUACACUUACAAGAAAAAUAACCACCAGUCAGGCCAGAACAGCAGUAGACACAAACACACCCAAGAUGAAACCAGAGUCGAGUGUGUGGAAGGCAACCAGAUCAGCUCUAACCACUCCAUCACAGAUGUCUCAGCCUUUUCCCGAGAUAUCUCCUUGCAGUGAAGCAGAAUCCUCUCCACUUCUGCCUGCAUCUCAGAACAGUGCCUUCCAGACACCAAGAACUAGAGGAAAAUUAACCAAACUCAGCCUAAGUCAGAGGAAGAAGAUUCCCGAUAUUUUGUCACAGGCUAGUGGAAGCCCAGCUCUAGCUAAGGUCAAAAGAAAACUUGAUCGCCCUACACCACUUAAUGUCUCAGAAGGUUUCAUGCCAUCUUGCUCCCCUGAAUCAGAAAGUAGUGAGGUUGGCCAAUCUGUUGGAAGUAAAAAGUUACGAGUCAGAUUCUGGGAAAAAGAUGAUGAUGAUGAAGACGUGUGCGUGCUGAAGUUACAUGCUGAGCCUCCUGCAGUAGAUGAUGUGUCUUCCAUGUCUCUUUUAGGAACAAUCCCAGAAACCAGCCAUGAUAUGAGCACUGUUGCAACAACCACAGUUCCCCAGAUUUUCCAGCCUAGGUAUACAUCUACACAGAUAGAAAGACAAAAGAAGAAAAUUGCCCAAGAAGCUCAUAAAGGGGAAGAGACAGUUAAAGUGAAAGAAACACAUCCUCGCAACAUCAUACCUGAAACGUCCGAGUCGUCAGAACAGGCAAGCUCCUCCUCAUCACUCACAGAAAUGCCUAAGAUAAGUCCUGACAUGAAAAAGAGCAAGAAGGAGGAACCCAGGAACAUCAGGCUCAGGUCUGCCUCCAUAAAAGAAAGAGCUAGUGCCAAGGAGACAGCAGAAAAGAAAGGCACUGAGAGUGCAUGUCUCGAGGGAGAUUCCCAGAGCAAGAACUCGUCCGAGUCCUCUGAGCUCUCCCGAACCUCUGAGAAUCCAUCAACAGAUUCCUCGGCCAGCACAGAGAUGCUCCGUCCUGUUGGCAAGACAUGCCUGCAGAGCAUUGUUUAUGUUCUGCAGACACACUUCGGAGGUACACUGACGGAGAGCUUCAACGUGUUACAUCGAAAUAGCUUCAACCUGCUCACAUCAAUUAUGGAGCUUCAGUCCUUGCAUCCUGAGGUGGAGGACGCUCUCUAUGGGGAUGAGGAAGAGGAAGAGGAAGAUUUGAACUGAGGACGUGAAGUUGGGUAUUGAGUUAUGCUGUUAUGAAAAGUGCAAUUAAAAGAGCACUCCUAA